AUGGCCGGGGCGUACCUGGGAGGCAUCCUGGCCGGUUUCGUGCCCGAGCAUGUCUUGCUCUGCCUGUUCGCACUCAUGACCCUGGCAACCGCGAUAGCAAUGCUCUACAAGGACAACAGAAGUGCUCCAUCUGCAUAUCAGCCCGUCGCAAACGACUCUAACGAGGAGGCGCAGCUAAGCAAGGGCGUGAAGGAUUCGGACAACUCGGAUGGCGAGAAUUUCGUCAAGUUGGGAGACCUGCCUUUGUGGCACAUCGUCGUGGAAGGUUUUGUGGUUGGCCUCGUCACUGGGAUGGUGGGUGCUGGUGGUGGCUUCCUGGUGGUGCCUGCCUUGACCCUCAUGGCCGGUCUACCCAUGUCAUCUGCGAUUGGCACAUCCCUGAUGGUGAUUGCGAUGAAGUGUCUGGCGGGCUACAUUGGUCAUGCCAGCCAUGUGGCCAUCGAUGUGAAACUGACGUUGAUCGUCUCUGCAAGCGCCGUUCUCGGAAGCUUCUUGGGUGGCUAUCUGACUGAGUUCCUGGCGCCGAGCGUCUUGCGUAAGUCCUUUGCGAUUUUCGUGCUGACUAUCGGCUGCCUGCAGCUGUGGAAGGAAUCCGGUAGCCUGGUCCACUAA